AUGUUGGAGCAGUUCAUGAAGAACAGCAGCCCAUGGAAAGGACUCAAGUUGGAGAAGUUUGUGGAGAACUGUCUCCUGUGGGAGGAACCCCAAACUGGAGCAGGAGAGUGUGAUGUUGAUGACUUCAACUUAGAAGAUGCACUUGAUGUCCCCAAGCGAGCUCCACCAACAAAACCUAAAGAUGCUGAUAACCCCAGGCGUGGUCCAUCUGCUCGUCCUAAAGACUCUGGUGGGUUUGAUGAUUCAGAUCUAUACGAUGGCAGUUUACCAAAAGGAGAGGACAACAGUGGCAACAAUGCUUCUCAGGGAGCGAUAGCUGGAAUUGUAAGUGCUGUUUUUGCUACUGUACUUGGAACAGUAUCUAGUUUCAUUGCUUACCAGAAGAAGAAGCUCUGUUUCAAACAAAGCGGUCAACGUGAUUUUGAUUUAGCUGAUGCUCUUGAUCACCCAGGGGACAUAAUUACCAGGAAGCCUACAGUAAUCAGAAGACCGACACGGCCUGUACUGAACAACGAUCUGCAUUUAGGAGACGCUCUUGGUGGAGGUGACAUCUCAAGAAAACCUUUAUACCCACCUCUUCCACCACGACCUGGAACCUACAGCAAUUCUGGAGGUUUUGCUGACUCAGACCUCCUUGAUGGGAAGCCUUUACCACCUCACAUAGCAGGAGAAGAGGAGCAUAAUUUCAAUCAUGGAGGAAACACAGAUUCAGGAUUAAUAGCUGGCGUUACAUCUCCUAUAAUAUCUGCUUUCGUAAUACUAGUCGUUGGAUCCAUAGCAGCCUACUCUGCCUACAAGAACAAAAAACUUUGUUUCAAACCACAGG